AACCUCCGAAUCUCCAAGCCCAACAACACCACCGCCAACCACCGACUCCCUUCUCGCCAACACCACAGCUCCGGAGGAAACCCUAUUCAACACGAGCGACCAAACUUUACGUUCAGCACACAUAUACACUCCCCUCCUCCACGAUAUUCGAUAGCAGAUGCUAUAAUAAUGCCCUCCAUCUUCCGCCGCCGAAAAGUCUCUUGUUUCUAUUGCGGUCAACACAGCGUGCCCGGCGACGCGGCCAAAUACCAUCCGAACGGCCGAGUCAGCAUGUUCACCUGUCUGCAGUGCAACGCCGACAACCACCUAGACAAGAACGGCGAGAUAGCCGACUAUGUUCCGGAAGCACCUCCGUCGGCGGUGAACUUUGGACACCGGCGGACGUCUUCCCGCGUCGCCAGCGGCACCUCCUCCGCCCCGGCAUCACCGACGUUCUGCACGCAAUGCGAACACAACCAGCUGAUCCUGCAGAACGCCCGGCUGCAGUACGAGAGUGAAAUGCCACAGGAGGACCAUCCGGACUACCACUACUACGUGAACACGGCGUAUCCGAAGUACAUAAAGGACAUGGAAGCAAAGUUCCCGCCGAUGUGUGCCGAGUGCAUCCCGCGCGUCAAGCAGAGGCUGAAGCAGGUCAACUACGAUGCGAAGGUGGCGAGCUUGGGACACAUGCUGGCCAGGAGCGAGCGGCCGUCUACCCCCGUGGAGUUGGGACCGAUGCAGCUAUUGAAGUGGGCGUUCUGGGGAUUGAGAGGAGUGGUGUGGUGGUGGGGGAAUGUGCUCUUCUUGGUGUGGCAUGUCAGCUCGCUUUUCCACCCGGCUGCCGCCGUCGUCGAGAAUACUGUGAAUGCGGGCUGGAUACGGUGCUUGCUCAGCAGUUUCAGCAAGUCUGAGUUCGAUAUUGCGUGUCAUGAUGUGUCAUACUACCAGGCCUCGCAGUACUUCCCCUGGACUCUGCUCGGGUUCUGGUGGCUCUACCGACAGUUGGGUGUCGAGAUGCAUCCGGAGAAGAAGCUCGUUGGCGGCAGGGAGUACCUGCACAUCGAAAUCGCGGUGGUUGUCAUACGGACGGCGGCAUGGCUGCUGCUUCGCCAGGGCGGUUUGAUGCGGGGCUUCGAUGAGGAGGCUCGUCUAAAUGCACAUGCCUUAUUCUUUUUUAUCGGCUUGAUGUGCUUCAUGUUCUCUAUCACCUGUCUGAAGCUGGAAGAUCCUCCGUCCUUCUCCCUCCGCGAGACUGGUCCUCCGUCACCACAAAAGACUCGACCACCGUCACCAAACUCAUAUACGGCAAAAGGUUCCCCCAAGAAGCAGACACCGCGGCCGCAACAGCAACGGCCGCAACGGCAGCAACCACAGCAACAGCAACGGCAGACACCACAAUUGUCGCUCACUAGGACUCCACCUUUGCGCCCAAUAUAUAUCAACCAGACCAUUCCCCCCAUCACUCCCUCCUACCGCAACAGCAACGCCGAAAUCGUCCCAUCACCUUCACCAACCCCUAAAAGGUACCUCGACGACGACGCAAUGGAUUGGGACCCGAUCACCCCCAUGCCCCCAACGCGCGGUAACAGCCCUUGGGCAAUCCGUCAGCCCUCCGAAUCCCCCACCCGAAAUCCCGGCCUAUCCUCCCGCACACCCGCUGGUCGCCUCUCCCUCAAUCCUACCGAAAUCCGCUUCGGCCAACCCCAAACCCCCGUCUCCCUCUUCAACCGGCCAACCAUGACCACCGAGCCCGACCCUAUUAAGACGAACCCCACUCCAGUGAUGGCCGAAGCACGCUUCCGCCGCAUCGCCCCACCAACCAUGGACGACACCGGCCUAGAGGGAAUCUUCGACGGCGGCCUCAAGCUCUCAGACGAGCCCGAAGACAUCGCGCAGGGCGGGCUGGCGCAAGAGCGCGAGCUCCUAACCGAAGUCCUCGGGCGUCUCGGGCUCCUGCUGAUCGCAGCGAGCACCGCCGCGCUCGCGCCCACGGCGUCCAAGUCCAUCGCUUUGCCCAUCGUCGUGACCGCGGCGCUUUGGCGCAUGGCCCGCAACGACACAACCACGCGUAUCUUCUCGGGCAUGGAAGUUCUCGCCGCGCUAGCCACCGGAACAAUGAUCGCGCUCAACGCGGCCCGCGAACGCACUCUGGCAAAUACUGGCAUGCUGCUCGUCGCCAUAGCUACCGUCAUGGAGGUCUGGAGACUGCUGCUUAGGAUGCAGCGCCAGCGCAAGCGCGCGUUCUGGCGAGAGGAGCGCGCCCACAUGCGCCGCAGGCAGACGCUGGAUGCGAAUUCUGGUGCUACCACCGCCGCCGCGUAUGAUAGCUUUGGGUUCAGACGCGCACCAACGCCCACAGAGCAGAGGGGGAGGGGAAGGUCGAGACCGGCUAUGGGCGCUGGUGGGGGCGGGUUGUUUGAUAGUUUCUCUUCUUCGCAGUGAUGGAUGGGCUGUGGCUUACCUGUAUUUACUUACUUCUUACUUACUUCUUCUUGUUCUUCGUCUUCUGUGGAUUUUGGAGUUUGCAUCUGUCUUGUGUUUCGCAUUGGUGGGAUAGAAUUGAUGAUUCGGUAAA